AUGAUUCGUCCAAGCGAAACUAGCUAUCUCGUCGGCUGCACUCAGGGUCGGAAUCCCCGAGACUAUCAAGCCGGGGACCCGUUUAACGUGACUGUGGAGCUGCUGGCGGGCAUCCCGUUCCAGUACGCGAUGCUCUUCGGUAUCGAGCGGUAUGACGAAGAGUGGUCCGUGGAGCCGCGGCCGGGGUCCCUAGGACCCGUCUUGCUGAGCAGCAUCGAUCCCCAGAAGACGCUAUUCUUGUUGGAAUCAAUCACAGAGCCGUUCCUAGGAUACUGUGGCCCGGAUAUUGUCGUCGCGCUGUCGGAGACCCUGAACCUGAUCCUGUUCCGAUCAGCGGAAUCUUAA